GUCAUCACGAAGCGACAAGGAAGUGCUGCUACGCGCGUCCUUCACGAUACUCCGCUUACACAACAUGAACGGCGUUGUAAAAGUCAGGCGUUUGUAGUUUAGUUACAGUAUUUCUGGUCAUUUCUGGUGUUUCGUGGUUUAUGGAGUGACAGGAGCAAACAGCAGCGGUGGUUGGGACAAAUAAAUAAUUUUGGACGUUGCAGCGGUUAACUCGGUGAGUGACAGUUGAGUCCUUACAAGCGACACUCUGCUAACGUUACAGUCAGUUUACAACUGAGACAUCUGAGAGCGAUUGAAAGUGAAUUAUUUAUAGUCUAAUGCCAAAGGGAACACGGUGGUGUGGUCUCACGUAAGUUAAAUUCAGAUAUUUGGUCUUUUGAGGCUGGCAGGAUGUAAAUGCAAAGCAAGUGGUGUUAACCUAUAGGAUGUCGUGUGAGGAUAAACAACAAACUCAUAGCAUAGAGUAGCAAACGUAUGACAAGAAGGAAGAGGCUAUAAUGAGAGCAUUCCAAGUAUAGGGUAAUGCGUUUUUUUUUAGUGUAGAGUAUCCACUUGUUCAAAUGGGUCGUUUCAACUGUUUACUGGUUACCUCAUCGUCAGAGUAGCCAUGACUGCUCCAAACUCGUCGGAAAGAAAGGCCUGCUGGGACGCCAGGGAUCAGCUGUGGAAAUGUCUGGAUGACAAUGGUGACAACCCCGCCUCCUGCCAGAAGUCCCAGAGCGAGUUUGAGGCAAAUUGCCCAGCUCAGUGGGUGAAGUAUUUCACCAAGAGGAGAGACUUCCUGAAAUACAAAGAGAAGAUGCAGACAGAAGGAUUCAAACCUGCUGAAGGGCCCCGGCAACCUUCCUAACCCCUGGACCGCAGACUGUCAGAACCUGCGGACUGACAAGACUUUCAGCCUCAUUCAGACCAGGGUCGAGGCGCAGGACUCUGAGAGGAGUCUCCUAGCUUUAUUAUGGACAGAGUGCCUGAACUCCACCUGUGUCGUUAUUUAUUUGUUUGUUGAAAUAAAAGCCGCAUCUUUAAAACGAGGGAAACAAGACAAGGACAAGUGACGGAAAAGAUCCAGUUAGUUGAUGAUGUUGGAAUACUAUUGAGCAGCCCUUACUCUUAUCCAGAGUGGUGGUCUACACUAUAUGGAGUUUGGGCCGAAGUCUUGAUCAAUUAUAUUCUACCAGUGUGAGUUACAGAUAAACGCUGAUCUUUACCGAUUGCCGAUACUCGCCUUUUAAUUCCAGGACAGGACCCCAUUAGGCAAAAGUCUGACUUGUGUUGUUUGUAAAUAAAACAUACAGUCACUGGUUUUAGUGGUUUUA